GGACAGGUAAUGAUGACGUGGACGAAUGAAAGAGAGGUGAGGGCGUUGAGUGGAUCCACCACCUCACCAUAAAGCCUGUGGUGUGCCUUCACAUUCAAAAGCGCCGAAAGAAAAACAAAACCUAAUAACGCCAUAGCGUUCCCUAACCCGUCGUGCGAGGUCCCUCGACCUCCGCACAACCCCACCGCCCAGUGGCCCAUGUCCCAACCCGAUGAACCCAACGCGCCGCCGCCGCACUUCCUGCUCCACCGUCCGCCGCUGAUGCACCCAGCGUCCGCGUCGCCGCUGUUUAAGCAGCGAUCCUGGUCGCCCGAUGCCUAUCGCGACGAGGCGUGGCUCCGGCGCAAGGGGAACUGGAAGAACCGUCGCAGCAAGAGCGUGACCGACGAGGACGUUGACGAACUCAAAGCUUGCAUUGAAUUGGGCUUCGGAUUCGAUUCCUCCCCUGAGGUGGAACUCGACCGUCGUCUCUCCGAUACGUUACCCGCUCUCGGCCUCUACUACGCCGUCAACAAAACCUACAACGAUUCCCUCGUCCCCAAAACGACGCCGUCUUCUCCCGAUUGCGACAGCACUCCUUCUCCCCAUGGCAGUCCCAUCUUCAGCACGGGUGAUAAUCCUCAGACGGUGAAGACAAGGCUGAGGCAGUGGGCUCAGGUUGUUGCUUGUGCUGUGCGUCAAAGUUCAAGCUGAAUGAUUAAUGGGUGAUGUGAUAAUUUGUUGAAUCGGGAUUAACCAGGGUUGUGAAACUUAACCAUACAAUAGUGCUUGUGUGAUAUGAAUGACAACGAUUCCCCACCCAACCCAACCCAACGCCGAACUUUACUUAACCACCCAAUUGUCUCGGAACCAAACUAGUUGGUUAGUAUUAUGUGUGGGGCUGUCGGCAGCCUCUUGUUUUGUACUGUACUUGUCCAAUAUAUAUAUAUAUAUAUAUAUAUAUAUAUAUAUAUAUAUAUGGGAUCCCUAAGGUAGAUCUAUUAUAUCAUAUGAUAUAUAUUAAUAUGCUAGCCGUACAAUAGUUUUGUUUUGUUCAAGAGGUGUGAAAAAAUAGUCAAAAGAUGUUUCUACUGCGUUUGAAUCUAGUGCUGUUUGCUACUUUUUUGGGUAUUCUGUAAUUCUCUAUCCUCUUGGGCUUGCUACUUUUGUUCAAAAGCAAGGCCAAGGGAGAGGAAUAUAACAUUCUUGUAACUCUGACAAAGGAUUGACUUGCUAGAGGAAUACAGCUUGCUUUCUAACAUGGGUUGGGCUGUGUACGACUCAGCGUGUUUCUUUCGUGAAAGGCAAGACAGAGGAGCUUCAAAUUUCAACUUGGAACCGAACCUUCUUCUAUUCAUGUAUGUCAUCCAUUGCGAAUAUUGCGGUGCUGGCAAUACUUUUUGGGUCUCUGACUGCUUGUACUUUCUAGCCUAUCUGUCAUCACUCUUGAAACGAGUUGAGUGUUGACUAUGGUACGGGUUUGCACCUUACGAUGGAGGCUACUGUAACAAAACGGAAAUUACAGUGGUUGUCAAGUGUUAAAACACCAAUAUUGUUGAAGGUCCUGUUGCAAUGAAAAGUUGAAGGUUUAGAUGAACGAUAUGUAGCUUAGGGACAAUCGUCAUUAAUUAGCUACAGGCGAGUGAUCGCGGAAAACGUUAGAUCGAAUCACUUGUACAUAGGGAAAACAAAAUGAGAUAGAAAUUGCAAAUCCACGCAUUUGUUGGCGAUUUUAGAAUGAGGAGAAAACAAAAGCAUUGUCAUUGCAAUAUAUUUACCAAAAAACACCGUUGCUCCACUCAAAAUGCCAUGAUCUCUAUAAAAGUUAUAUACGGUAGCAAUGUUAAAAUGUUUU